AUGGCGGCAAUCACAGGCCACAGUGGAUGUGAUGAAGAAGCCAUCCCCGACGCGCGGUUGGCGCCGGACAGGCUGCCUAUGUCCCUGACGGUGCCCGUCGAGGACUUCUGUGGCCACCUCUCGGCUCUCCGACGCUCGCCAACACAAUCCGGCGGUUACCGAGCUGACCUCAUCGAUCUCAUGGGCCACGCUCACUCCCACGGCGACGACACCUUGGGCAGGAUCGGCACAUCGCAAGUGCGAGCAUGGCUAGCUGAUACCCGUGUGGCUGGCGCCUCGGCCGCUACCAUGCAGCGCCGCUGGUCGGCUGCGCGAUACCCGAAACGCCUGCCGGCCACUCUGGGCGUCGAUCAGGCUCGUCACAUCCUCGACGAAGCCGUAGCACAGCUCGUCCACGAUGAAUCUCCCCACGGCGCACGCGACGCCGCCAUCCUUGAGGUCCUUUACGGUGGAGGGCUGCGUGUCGGCGAGCUGUGCGGUCUUGAUCUGAGUGACGUCGAUCGAUCUCGCCGCACUGUGAAAGUUACGGGCAAGGGCGACAAAGAACGCACCGUGCCUAUGGGGGCGCCUGCGCUGCGUGCCAUCGAUACGUGGUUACCUCGUCGUGAGGAAUGGGUUGGGCCGCACUCCGGGCAGGCCCUCUUUUUGGGAGCGCGUGGUCGUCGCAUCGAUCACGCGUCGUUCGGCGAGUCGUUCACACCGACUUGCGUGCCGAACCAGACUCCCCCGACCUUGGGCCUCACGGGCGAUGCGUCCUGGGUCACCCCGCUAUACCACCUUGUCGUCGUGCUGUGCGAGCGUGAUGGCACCCUUGUCGUUGUCCACCCCGGACGCGAGUUCCAGGUCGUCGGGACGUUCAGCUCAAAGGCCAAUGGCCUUGCCACGGUGCCGUCGAUCCCCACUGGGCGUCUCAUGGCCGUCGCGGAUUACGCCUCGGCGCAGGUCGAAUUCGUCGACCUAUCAGAUCCCACCCGACCAACUGUCCGAAACGUCCUCGAUCUCGGUCAGGGCUGUGUUUUCCCUAGACCGGUGGCAGAUCGUCAAGAGGGUCCCCAUGCUCACCAGGUGACGUGGUUGGAUCGCGCGCAUCUUGCGGUCAACGGAUCUCGGAGCUGA